GGGCAGAUUUUGAUUCCUCGACGCACCCUGCGUAGCACACCUGAUUUCCGGAAGUGCUGUGGCGUCAGCGAGAGAGGCGUUUGACGGAAUGAUAAAAAUCCCUGCUUGACCUGAUUGGUGAACUCACUCGCAUAUAACAGUGUUGCCACAGUCAACAGAGUCAUUAAACCUCUUCAAGUGACCGCGGCCAAACACUUUCUAAAAGACACUAGAGCCUCAGCAGGUCGAUCUGCCUGCAACACUCCUUUUUGAGGUUUACGUUGUUUUUUUUUUUUACAAGGAUUGUUUUUUAGACACCAAGAGAUGUCUCUUCAGCCGAGUAUUUUACCAGAUGAAGCGGCCUUCGCUGACUUUAAAAAGCAGUGUUUAGCAGUUGGAAACUGGGCGAACAAACAUGAUGAGAAUGGGAUGCAAGUGUGGGUUGAAGUUCCUGCAAGUAAAGGAAAUAAUCCGCACAAAGUCCACAAAUCAAGGUGAUGUAAAAUGACAAUCAAAGAUGUAUCUGCUGCUACCAUGUACGACGUCCUGCAUGACGGAAAGUACCGCAAAAAGUGGGACCCAACCAUGGUGGAGAGUUUUGACAUAGCCCGGCUGUCUGCCAACGCAGAUGUGGGCUACUACUCCUGGCGUUGUCCAUCUCCUAUAACAAACAGAGAUGUCGUGAGUCUGCGUUCAUGGCGGGUGAUGGAUGACGAGUACAUUAUCAUUAACUUCUCAGUCAAACACCCAAACUACCCUCCUCGCUCCAACUACGUAAGAGCCAUCUCUAUCCUCACUGGCUAUUACAUCAAGCCCCUUGGACCAAACAGCUGUACCUUAUACCUCUCACAAGCUGACCCCAAGGGGUGCCUUCCAAAGUGGGUGGUAAACAGAGCGUCUAAAGCCCUGGCUCCCAGGUGUGUGAUGAAGUGUGUGCUUAAGGCGGGUCGGGACUACCCAGAGUGGAAACGCCAAAACUCCCCCGACCAGAAGCCCUGGCUGUACGCCGAGCAGAACAGCCUGCCCAUGAUGGACCACAGCCUACUGUCCAUACAGAGAGCAGAGUCGCUAGAGAAUGUGGACGAGAGCUCAAAGUUGGACAAUAAUGACAGUGAGGACAGCUGCUAAAUCCCAACACGGUGACAGGAGGAAGGCCGAGGGAGAGAUGCGAGGAUGGACUCUUACACUUAUAAGACUUGAGACCUCUAACUCUCUAUGAUGUCGCCUUUAAACUCUUGACUACUUUCCUUUUUUCAGACCAGUGUGCCUUUAUGGAUGAGCAAGAGCAUGAAGUGUUUACAGCUGUUGUAGCGCACAGAAAUGAGCACAGAUCAAGAUGCCAUUCACCUCAGUCCAAGUUGAAGUAAGCUUGACAUUAUCUCCAGUGUUUGCUGCCAUGCUUUUUAAAUGUAGCUUUUUUUUAAGUGUACAUACUAAGAGGUGUUAGGGUUUUAAUGUCAUUGUUACAUAGUUACAGCACUACCUACACAAUAGGUCCUCUGUCCGGCCUUUGUCAGUUGCAGCUAUUUAAAAAUACACGUGAACAAAUUUGAAAUUGAUCUAAGCGUAGAUGUCCACUUGUUGCUUUUUGGCUUCGCAAGUGACUAUGAAUGGAAGGUGUUGUUUAUUUAAUUUUUCAAACUUUUAUUACAGUUGAAAACUUAUCGAGACAUUUGAUAUUCUCGUGAAAAAUGAUUGGAGCCUAAAUUUAAAACAGUCACAUUUAAUAUAUUUUCAACUCACACUAAUUUGGCUUUUUACUUGUUAAGAAUUCACUUCCUGUUUUGUAACUUAAACCUAUUAUAGUAAAAGGUUGUGGGUUUUGUUCAGGAGCUCUUCGCUUUGAACUCUGAGUAUUUUUAGUGUUAAAGCAACAUAACCCUUCCCUGUCACACUUACUAUCUGACUUUGUCUCUAAAUGUGAACAUUUUAUUGAUUUUAGUUAGACAUAAUUAUUCAGCAACUAUGCUAUCUUUUUGUUUCAGUGGUGUAUUACAACUGAACGCCUGGAGGUUCAUGAAUUUAUUUGGAUAUACUUAUAAUGUAACUUUAUCCUUAUUUAAGUUAUUCAGACAUUGGACUCGCAAUUAGAAACUCAUGGAGAGGAUUAGUCGUCGAUCUCUGAGGAAUCUAGUUAGGUUGUUAUCAACAUGGAAAAUGUACAUGCAGUUUUCAUUUUGUACUUUGAAUAUCACUCUGCCUGAAGGAUUAGAAUGACCAUAAAGGAUAUCUUGUAUUUUAUUUAUUUAUUUGAAAUCACUGUAACUGCAGAUGAGAGAGACACAGGAAAGAAGCUCUGCAGACUUUUUGUGAGGAUUUUCUUCUGAACAUGUUUUAUGUAAAGAGUGUCCAUGGCCUUGCUUUUUUUCAGAAAAUAAACCCCACAGGUUUACAUGCUU